AUGGCUCCGAUCACGGCUUCAGCCCCCAAAAUGACGGGCGGAUCGAUUGAAUUGCGGGAACCAUCGCUUCCAGUUAAGCUUCUCACAGCUGGAUCGGCUGCUUGCGUCGCUGAUCUCAUCACGUUUCCUCUCGACACAGCCAAAGUCCGGUUGCAGAUUCAAGGAGAGGCUGGUGCGGCACCCGUACGUUACUACAUUACCACAGCGGCCUCGACUUUGGGUGCUGGAGGACAUGGUGCUACGGCUGUGAUGGUUGAACAUUCAGCGGCUUCGUCUCAAUACAAAGGCAUGAUUGGCACAGUCUCAACUAUUGCCCGCCAAGAAGGGCCAAAGGCUCUAUACAAUGGACUGGUUGCCGGACUUCAGCGUCAAAUGUGUUUCGCCUCCAUCCGAAUUGGGCUGUACGACUCAAUCAAAUUGCUGUACCUACAAACCCUUAACGGAGGACGAAACUCAGCCAACAAAAACACGAACGCUAGCAUAUCUGUGCGAAUAUGCGCAGGAAUUACCACAGGAGGUUUGGCUGUGCUCUUUGCUCAACCGACCGAUGUUGUUAAAGUACGAAUGCAAGCAGAGGCUCGCUCGGCCACUGGAAUUAAACGAUAUUCCAGCACCAUGAACGCUUAUUCCACUAUUGCUCGGAAAGAAGGAGUUGCUGGUUUAUGGAAAGGAACCUUGCCCAAUAUAAGCCGCAACGCAAUUGUGAAUGUGGCUGAAAUUGUUUGUUACGACCUCUUCAAAGAAUAUAUCUUGAAUUCUGGCUUGCUUAAGGACGGCGUUCCUUGCCAUUUUUCUGCUGCGGUGGCAGCCGGAUUCUGUACCACAGUGGUCGCUUCACCCGUUGAUGUAGUAAAAACGCGUUUCAUGAACGCACCAGUUGGCCAGUACCGAGGGGCCGUUGAUUGUGCCGUCCGAAUGAUGAUGAAAGAGGGCCCAGGAGCCUUCUACAAAGGCUUUAUGCCUUCUUUCUCUCGUCUGGUGUCUUGGAAUAUUUGCAUGUGGAUUACGUACGAACAGUUCAAACGUCUUGUUUUGGUGGCGUAUAACCAACCAACGGUGCUCAACAGACAUUAA